UAUACAGCAUCGAAUUUGGAGUAAACUUUCGGAGUUUUAUAUUUCUCGAUAUAUACUUUUUUAAAAAGCGCAUGUCCGUCCCCCUUCAGUGUCGGUUAUGUCAUGUAUGUAUGCGUGUGUAUACGCGAUGUGUCAUGUGUGUGUAUGUUAUAUACGUGCUGUGUACAUAAUUCAAUGUGUCUUAACCUAACCUAACCUCCUCAAAAGUGAGCGCAAGAGUUCGUCAAGUCGCACGGACGAACAACAUGUGUGUAUAAAACACGUGUAAUAUUUUUUCUAUUAAUAUAAACAUACGCGACAUGUGUUUCUUUGUGAGAAACGUGUAUACAACAAUUCAUCACUUGAGGCAUUUAUAGAUUCUGUUGUAAACGGUUUUUUUUUUUUUUAACUCAAAAUAAACCAUGCGCCGAGCGCGAAUCAAGGCUUUGGCCGCUGUGCCGGUUCGGAAGAAAUCCGGACCGGUUACGCAGGAUGUAGUUUCUGACGAUACGGGCAACGUGUCCGAUAAGGAGCAGAAAAAAGAAGACACACCCAGUUCUGUCAAAACAGAACAAGAAAUCAUCAAAGAUAUUGCAAAUACACACGAACAGAAAGAAGACGCGUUUGUUAGCGACCUGCCAGCACAAGAAACUUUUAAGGAUGUGAUAAAGACGAUAGAGGAGACUGUUGAGAAGAACCAAGACGAAAUCAAUGUAGUGGAGAGAGAACCGGAAGCAGAAGUAGUUGAAAAACAAAAUGUAGCAUCACCCGCAAAGACAGCAUCUCCGUCAAAAACAUCAUCUUCUUCGAAAACAUUACUACCUCCAAAGAUCAAACUAGCUCCAAAGAGACGCAUGGUUAUUUCAGAAUCAGCGAGAAAACUGGCUGAGGCGAAGAGAGAAUUUUUAUUGAAGCACGAAAAUAAAACACCUGACAGAAGCCAGUUGAGGAUGUACGAUUUGAUAUAUUACAAUCCUGUUACAAAUCCCAUGAAGUCAACAACGGUGCAGAGACAGGAAACAGUAUCUCAAUCGAUAGAACGGAUGGAAGAGGAGGAAGAGGACGAUCCGGCGUCAAUACCGGCGCCGCAAGUGAAAGUAGGUCCCGACGGUCAGUUGAUAAUAGACGAACAAAGUCUCGUGAUCGAACAGACGCACGAGAAGAGACGCCGAGAAAUAAUGGAGAGCGAAGCCAUCAUCGAGGACGAGAACAAUCACAUGGGCGGUUUUUACAAAAAGCACAAGAGAAGCAAAGACUGGCCGAAUUGGGAAACAUUCAAGUUCUAUCAGGUCUUAAAUGUAGUGGGCACCGAUUUCCUAUUGAUGCAGACUCUUUUUCCGAACAGAACCAGACAAGAGAUCAAGCAAAAGUAUAAAAAAGAAGAGCGAGUUAAUCGUCCCUUGGUCGAGAAAGCUCUGAAGUAUCAUCAGGAAUUUGACACCGAAAUGUUGGAGGAGCAGCUGGCGAUGUUGAAGAAUCUAGAAAAUGUUCAGGACGCAAGCAAAACCGUACCGGAUAAACCCGUACAACAAUCACGAAUGGCGAGAAAACUUAAAAAUCGAUUGGUAGCGGACAGCAUCGGAGAGUGCGAAGUAUUGUCCGCCAAUGAGGAAGAAUCUGGAGAAGCGACGGCAACUAACAACGACGACGAUGUGCCACCGAUAAAGACAGGAAACAACGUAGAAGACGCUCAGCAACAAAUAAGAGAAGAGAGCAAAGCUCGAAAAACAAAAGAAAAAGUGAAAAAGCGAGUGAAGAAAAAACGAUCUAAAUCAACGGACAACAGUUCUCUGAAAACGACUGUAUAAGUUUUUGAUUAUCCAGUAAUAUUAAAUUAAAUUAUUUGGAAAUAAUUUAUAAAUUUUUUAAAUUUAAAUCACAG